AUGGACAUCCCAUGUCAUUGGCAGGACAUCGCGGAGGCCGGUUGCGCCAGCCCUUGCCCAAAGCGCCGCCUCGUUCUUGACUGCCCAAUGAGGGCACUGGCAGAGGGUCGUGCCUGCUCGAAGAUGCAGCUAUUCCUGUGCUUCCAUAGCAUCCAAGGUGUGAGCAGGGUCGCUGAAGCAAGUCCCUUGCGUAGAGGUUUCGGCGUCUGCUGUCUUGCGGUGAUCCACCAGUCAAAGAGUGAUGCAUCAUUGCCACAGGGUGGCCUGCAGGUCAUACGCAGCCAGGCCAGGAUUUUGAAAUUUUUCUUUAUUGCAAAAAUAGAGAACAUCCCUCAGGAGUCGUGGCAAACAUCCUGGAGUGAUCAGUGGAUGGACAAGUCUUGCACUGGAUGCAAGCAGUACAUUGCACAUCAAUAUUGGGACCACAUGGAUACUCGGAAAAAGCGUUUCUUCAAGCCUAUGCUUGGCGAUUUCAGAAAUGGAGUGACCAUACCAGAGAAGUUUGUGCGCAGCAUCGGGGGACAGAUUUCUGAACUAGUCAAACUAGAAACCCCAGAUGGCAAUACACACAAUGUUCAUGUUGCUAAUGAACUGAAUAAUCUGGUCCUUCGAUCCGGAUGGUCAAUAUUUGCCAGUGUUUAUGGACUUGAAGAGGGUGACUUCUUGAGGUUCAAAUACAAUGGAGACUCCCACUUCAAAGUUGAGAUAUAUGAUCCCACUGCUUGUGAGAAAGAAUCAUCCUGUGUUGUAAUGAAGCGCAAUCCUGGUCCCCAAAAACAGAGCAUACCUCGUGAUAAUCCAAUGCCCUCACCAGAGGGUGAAAGGCUGGAUACACGUCACAAUGGUUGCUACGGUGAUAGUUGGAAAACUACAGAGAUAAAUCCAGAAGGAUCUUCUCCACAGAAACCAACCAAAAAAGAAGCCCCAUCUUCUGAAGGCAUUCAGAAUUCUAUGAAUUCAGGUGAAGUUCAGACUUCCACCAGGUCUCGCUAUUUCUCUGCGACGGAGUGCAAUCUGACUAAUGCACAUAAGGCAGAAGUCGACAAAAUUGUGCAGAAUGCAGGACAUGAGAUUCCACCGUAUGUGAAAACCAUGGCCAGUACCACUCUGGUUGAUGGAUUUCUGGUCAUAUUCAACGACUAUGCUAUCAAAUACCUACCACGUGAAGAUGAAAUCAUCACACUUUGUCAUGCCAACAAUAGCAACAAAUGGGGUGUUCAUUUCAAGAUUAACACUGAUGGUACCUACCACCUUUCUGCUGGUUGGUUGGGAUUUGUCCAGGACAACAAGUUGCAAGAAGGUGAUACUUGCGUAUUUGAAGUAUUAAAGGACCCGAGAAGUUUCACAAUGAAAGUUCAUCUGCUUAAAGCAAACUAUCACCGUCCACCAGGAUUUGUCAGUUCUGCCAACGUUCUUAGGCCUGAAGAUAAUGUGAGGUACUCACGAUUCACUGUUCUAAAGGGUAUGCUGAAGACUAAAGUCUAUGAGAAAGUAGCAGAUAUCAAGUCUGAGAACCCAAUUUUUGUGUCUGUCAUGCUGAAAUCCAAUAUUGGUGGCAACUCGCCCAAUCUGGCCUUCAGUAUGGAUUAUGCCAGAGAUUAUCUCCCUACUGAGAGCCAAAUUAUCAGGCUUCAUCGGCCCGGGGAAAGCACAACAUGGAAAACUUUGUUCAAGAUCCAUGAUGGAAGGCGUUGGCUUGUUAGAGGCUGGAGGCAAUUUUGCAAUGACAACAAACUGAAACUUCAUGAUGUGUGCCUCUUGGAACGCAUGAAGAACAAGAAGAAGCUCAGGAUGAUGGUCCAUAUCAUCCGAAAAGAAGAGUACUAUUGAUUUGUCGCCUUUGUGCCUAUGCUUAUGUAAUCGGGAAAUUUAGUAUUAUCAGUUGAUUAUGUGUUUGG